AUGGCCAUACUAACGUUCUCUCCAGCGCAGGGGUCUGCCACUGCCAAUCGUCGCCAGGAUAAGGUGCGCGGCAUUUUCACAGAAUUGUUUGGCUCCACCCGCACCAACAUCGCCAAGCACUUGCGCCAGGCAACGGAGAAUGUGCGACGGGACACCGAGAUUCCGCUGUCGCGCGUCGCCGAUAUGGUGGAUUCGCUGGACGCCCAGACUCGUAAGCUCCCGGACCUGAGGGCCGAGCUGGCCGAGUCCGCUGCCGCCGCGAGGGUGCUCGAGUUGCGCGUCUUCACCGAAGACGCCUACGAGCCCCUGCGAGCCGCGGCCUCCCAGGCGUCUCGAGCGGCAGCUGACCUCGAGAAGCGUAUGCCACCCAUGCUGCAGAAGGUGGCCGAGACGGCCAAUGGGCUUCGAGCAGCCAUCGGAGAUCUACGGGGCGCCAUCGAGAACGCGACGACGACUGUGGCGCCGAACGACUCCUACUACUGUCGCUCUCAGCGAAGAAGACGACUUUUGGAAACGCUAGUGCUGUGGAUACACCCAUAAUAAAAGGCUGUGCCCUCGCCCUGAGAAGUCGUAUACGGUCGACGAGUAUCGUGUCUGUUCAACGCGUGACAUUUCGACGUUGUCUGUAGGCAGCAAAUAUAAAUGGGCACGAAGGUUUCAUCUCCAAAUAACUGCCAAAGAUCUCAGUUUCUUACGUGAGAUGGUGAAGCCGACUAGACAACAUGUCGAGAAAAACCCGAAGCAGGUCUUACUGAGAGCACGGUGUAGUUCCUCACUUUUCACUCUUCACCAUUUUUUUACAUUAAACCAUCUAUCAAAGAUCUUUCAAGCUUAAAAAGCCGUGCUUAUGCACUUAUAAAA